CUAGGGUCGUCGUCGUCUGUUACCACACUGGUUUAUCAAAUACAGUACAUCGUCUGUAAACACCAUGGGCCCUCCUCCGAGUGAUGAUGUUAAGAUCGUGAUCAUGCGUACCGUUGGUGGUGAGAUUGGUUCUGCCUCCUCCCUUGCCCCCAAGAUCGGUCCUCUUGGUUUGUCCCCCAAGAAAGUUGGCGAGGAUAUUCAGAAGGCCACCAUGGACUGGAAGGGUCUUAACGUUACCGUCAAGUUGACUGUAGUGAACCGUCAGGCGACUGUCAGUAUGAUUCCUUCCAGCUCGUCUCUCGUUAUGAAGGCCUUAAACGAGCCCGUUCGUGACCGCAAGAAGGUCAAGAAUGUCAAACAUGACGGCAACUUGACGCUUGACCAGAUCAUUGAUAUUGCUCGUCAGAUGCGCGAACGUUCCAUGGCUCGUAAGCUGAAGGGAACUGUAAAAGAGAUUCUCGGAACCGCCAACUCGAUCGGAUGCUCGGUCAACGGCGAAUCGCCGCGCGAUAUUCAGGCAAGCAUUGAUGAUGGUGAGAUCGAGAUCCCGGAAGAAUAAGCACUCUUGGAAGGCCUCCAAAACAUGAAAUCCUUUUUAUACCUAACUGUCUAAAAUAGAUUCUUUUGUGAUGCU